AUGACCCAACUAAACGACGGUACCGCAGUAAAGGUUACUAAGCACACGGGCCUAAACAGCGUCCGUUGCGUAAUUAACUGCAGGCAGAUGAUGAAGGUCGAUGAUGAAGAAGUACUGGACUACAUGAAGGAUCAGAAGGUGACGAGCUUCCGGCGGAUUACUCGCCGGGACGGUACUGAACAGGUUAACACGGCGACAGUCAUACUAACCAUCGAAGGUACCAGGAUGCCGGAGCAUGUAGACAUAGGGUAUCUACGGGUGAAGACGCGGCCGUAUUAUCCGGCCCCGAUGCUAUGCUACAAUUGCUUUGUUUUCGGACAUACCAAGGCUCGCUGUCAACAACAGGUUCCAACAUGCGGCAACUGCUCUAAGCAACAUUCGAUCGUUGAGGGUGUUAGGUGCACAGAUAACCCGUUCUGUCCCCGCUGCAAAACCAUUGAACACUCCUUGUCGAGUAGAAUCUGCCCCGUUUACAAAAGCGAAGACGCUAUACAGCACAUCCGAAUCGAUAAGGGGAUCUCAUAUCCAGCGGCGAGGAAGCUGUUUGAGGCCUCGACGAGUCAAAGAUCCUAUGCCGGAGUCGCUAACGCCAGUAAAGAUCAGGCGUUCGCAGACCUCUCAGCGAAGUUCGAUAAUCUCUCCAGCCAAAUGGAGGAAAAGGACCGCAAGAUCGCAGCCUUGGAGGAAAGGCUGCAACAAGGACCUACGACCACUAGCAGCUCUGAAAUGCAUGAACUCCGACAGAUGAUUGCGGACCUGCGAACGGAGGCACUUCGCAAAGACGAACGUAUCCAAGCCCUGGAAGCAGCCCUAAAACGGGAAAAUCGAAUGGACAUCACACGUAAACACGGGACCAUUGAGGAUUUAGUCGCCAGAGUUAAGAUACUUGAAGCCGCCGUCUCCAACAAAGAUAAGGAGGUCACUAAUCUCCGGUUAGUGAACCAACAGUACAAGGAACUCAUCGCACAGUCAAAAUGCCCGAAACCAUCUGUACCAAGAGAAGACAAAAAAAAGGAGCAUGAACAACAAAAACCCCAAUCUCAGCAACCAGAAAAACCCACUGGAGCGAAGAAAAAGAUACUCAAGCAGACAAGCGGUGGAGCAGAUCCGAAACGACCAAAAAACCACCCUACACCGGCAUACAUAUCUGACACCGAAGUCGAAUCCCAGACUUCUCCCUCUGGAGAUAAGAUUACCGUCGACGAGCUCAUUUCCUCGGAAGACGAGGUGAUGUCCGUGGAGGGUAGCCUAACUCCAAUGGAAAAUUAAACCUCCGCAGUCCAGUCCGUCUUCUAACGCAUCAGAACCGAAUUCCCACAACCUAUCCACCAAGAUGCAUCCUACAUCAACAUCAUCCUCUACUGAGGUUGAGAGCUAUCAACAACCAGAGCGGACUGGAUCUACCCCAACUAUCAAAACAACGACA